UCUAUAAACAUAACAUAAACACGUGAAAUGUCUCCUAACCUCUCAAUCUCGCCGUCAUUACAUUACUCAGAAUCUGUUUGUUAGAUCACUUUCCAUCCAUCCCCUAGAAUUUAGAGUAUUUGUCCCAAGUACGUACAUACAAAAAAUCCGACGAAACUGCAAGGAUAAUUUUAUAGGCUGCUUAUAUGUUCGGGAAAACAUUAUUCACUUACAGACUAUGGAUGAGUUCAUCUGCAAUGGACGUAUGAAUUUUAGUUUUGGUUAGUCCUAUUUGUGAAAUUGUGUUUGGUGUCUUAUUAGUGAAACAGUCAACAGAGUAUAGUGCAAAUACAUCUUUCCUUUUCUUGGUGAAGAGUACUAAUUUGAUAGCAAAAAGAUUUACUUACUGAGAAAUAUUUGAAGUGAAUACCAUGGAUGUCCCAAGAGAGCAGUAUGACAGUCUACUAGGAGGCAAAGAGGAUUUACCAUCUGUUAUUUCUGUGGUAAAAUUUGUAAAUGCAAGAUGCCAGGAGAUUGCUGCACUUACAGAAGCUAUUGAGGAGCCACAGAACAAACACUUGGCAUUCCAGCGAAUGCCAAAACAUCUGCGGAGACGAGCGAUGAGCCACAAUGUAAAGCGGAUGCCAAGAAGACUGAGAGAAGUACACCUGAAUCAGUUGGAAAAAUCUGGACUGCCAAUUAAAGGAAAGAGGCCUAGCCGCAAGUUUCGGCGUAGGCCCAGUAAUCUACUGCAGGAAUAUAACCGCCGCGCCGCUGCGGCUACCUGGCUUGAGACACACAUUUGGCAUGCUAAGCGGUUCCAUAUGGUGAAGCGUUGGGGCUACCAACUCCCCCAAGCACCCACCAACAAGGGCUACCGAGCUUGCUACCGGGCCUCGGCCAAGCAUUGUUUACUCCAGGAUGUGUCAUACCUCAAUUGCAUAGAAUUGCAAGGUCCAGAGGCCAAAAUCUUACGAGGUCUGAAUCAGCUGACAAGCCCAGAGUGUGGCUUGACCUUUGCCGCUAAAUGUACUCUGGAUGGUAUGCGGGAGGGCAGUGUCACACUCUUCAGGUGUGGAGGCUACCCCUCUCAGGCGAUCGGCAAGGUCACAUUUCUGUGGCGUCCAGAAAGAGACAAUUCUGUGCGCACCAUCUGGAUCUGGAGUCACCCUGCCUUCUACCAUGAGUUGCUACAAGAACUCAUCACAGUAUUUCAACUCAAGUUGGAGGAAAGUAAUGAGAUGAAUGUUGAUGCAAAUGAAAGUGAAAUUAGUGAGAGUACAUCUUUAUUGAAAGUAAAGAGAAAUGUGGAAAAGGAAAAAUUAACAAUAAGAAAUGACAGGAAGUUGCCAAGAUAUUCAAAUGACACGAUUGUUAUGGUCUUAAUGAAGAACUCUUUAAACCGGUUUCGACUCACUGGUCCAUUGGCUCAAGUGGUUUUAACUGAGGCUCUUAAGUUUGUCAUUGUUGAUGAUUUCGUCAAACCGGACACCAAUACCGAGACUAUGGAUGUGGAUGAUGCAGAACAACCUCGAUCAUUAUGGUUGUGUGAUUUUUACAAGUAUGACACUCGCUUACAGACUUUACGGAAGCAAUGUUCAUUUUGGGAAAAUGUCCUUAGGAAUGUGAAUUCUGCUAGUGAACUUUCUCCAGGAAUGGUUCUCUCAGCUGUAGUAAUGGAUCCAAGACUGACCAUGCCAUCGACCCGCACCAAGGCAGUUAACAGUGGUGUGACCAAUUUACAACAAGAGGUUCUGAAAAGUUUGAGCAGCCACAGCCCCUUGUGGGAGUUUGAACUGCGUGAGAGAGUCAACGACAGCAAGAUGUCUACUUCACAGUUGAAUGGUCUGCGGUCACGUGCGUUGGUUCCAGGUCUCGCUUCAGCUGCGUGGCUAGGAUCACACAACGUCAGUCAUCUGCCAAUACUGCUGGUGCAGAACAGAGGGCAGUACGAACAAAGUGGGUACGGUAGUGGCUGGGACGUAAUAGUACCAGCUGGAUGGGGCAUACCGGUGUGGUUAGGACUUGUGUACAGAGGAGCCCGUGUGGGCGGACUGCGAGAGACAGAGAGACUAACCCUGGAAACAGUCUCAGGUCCCACACUACCACCUGACACAGAGGCAGGGUGCCUAGACAGUGAACAAGCAAGGAGUGAAAACUAUGAGAAACAUUUCCGUCUGCCUCCUGAUAAACGCCCAAACUACAUAAAACUAGGAGUCAUCGCACCAUUCCAUUGUCCUUGGGAGCGACUUCUACAAGACUGGCACUCAGAGGGAGAUGGUCAAGGCAUCUACGUAAUCAGGAACAGAGGCCAGUUAGACUUCCUAAAGUGCUUGCUAAGCAGGACCAAACCCGUUACAACCUGUGUGUUCAGUGAGAAAGACAAGGCAUGUGGACUCGUGCAAGUGGGCAUUGAGAUGUGCGGAAGGGGAACCCUAGAAAGGUGUGCCCUGAUCUGUGGUAUGGGCAAGAAGGACAUCAGAUUGACAAAGGACAAGACAGGAAAGGGACCCUUUGAACCUAUCCAUGAGGAUGAAAAUGAAGAAAAGCGGAAGAUCCAAAGAGAAGAGCACCAACUAAAGCUAUUGCGACUGAGAAGGAAGAGGGUGAAAGCAAAACGUGAAAUGGAAGAGAAAGGUAUUUUCUCAGUAAAAACGAAAGAGAAGAAGAAUCCUACUGAAAAGUUGGUGCAGGAACAAGCAGAACUAAUGAAGGAGCUGUGGUUACCAAAUGAAAUCAAAAGUGUGAAAAAUUCCAGCAGUCGACCCGUUUUAGGGUUUGUAACAUUUGGUGGGUACUCCUUUAGACAGUCGAAGACAUGCGGGUAUGGCUUUGUUGCCUUGUCAGCCCUACUCAGCGUUCUAGAGCGGAAUCAAGGAUAUUUUCUUGUAAGGAACGUAACAUCGUUGCAGUAUUAUUUUGUUAGAUUAAAACUAUUACUUCCUGUUUAAA